GGGCUUCACCUUUUGCGUGUCAAAUGGACAUUAAGCACCAGUGAGAGUUAACGGCGGAGCUCUAAGCACAGCGCCUGCUGGGAUGUUGCGGCAGAACGGCGGGAGUAACAAGCGUGGUUUGGGAUUAGCCCGGCUGUCUACCUCCAACUUCUUCACCAUCUCUAAUUCAGGAAAUUGGGGAAUGGGGCGCAGCACCAAGAGCAGCUCUCUGAGCAGCAUUAGCUCCAACUCUGACUGCUACGAUAAUCCUGCUGUGGAUCCCGAAUACAUCAUGCAACUGGUGAAUGAUGUCAGGAAGUUUGCAGAUGUGCUGCUCUGCUUGAAAGAAGCCAUUCUUUCAGAAGAACAUCAAGAUGGCCUGCAUCAUGUAGUACACGAACGUCUGGGAGAGUCGCUGCGUGUUUUAAAAUCAGUGAUAAAUAAACAUCAGACUCUAAACUCCGUUGACAUUCUUAGUGCGGCAGGAACAGUUAUCGCAAAAGUAAAGGCUGUCAACUUCAAAGAAGUUACUGAAGAAAACAAGAGAGAUCUCUUUGAAAUACUUUCUUCCAUUGAAACAUUGGCAUUCACCUUUGGAAACGUCGUUUCAGACUUCCUUAUGGGAGAUGUAGACAAUGGCUCGUCACUGGGGCUUCCGGUAUCUCGGCGAAGUCGGUCUUUUGAGAACCUUUCUGUGGAGUCUGGGGGGUCACUGCAUGAAAGGGAUGAUAUUCAAGGGCAUCUUCGAGCCGAGGAGGUUGAUAGCAUGCUCCUGAGAAAAGACACUGGGAUCGAAUCAGCUCUGUCCUAUGCUAAAGCAUGGUCAAAAUAUACCAAGGAUGUAGUCGCAUGGGUAGAAAAAAAGCUUAGCUUGGAAGUGGAGUGUGCAAAAAACCUGGCAAAAAUGGCUGAAACUGCUAAAGCUGUUGUUGGACCCCAGGAUUAUAUGCCAUUCCAAUCGAUAUUCAUUAAUGCUUUUCAAAAUGAUAUUCAGAACAAUCAGCUUUGGCAACAAACAGCUGCUGCUCUCCAGUCUAAUAAAUUUGUGCAGCCCCUUCUGGGAAGAAAAAAUGAGUUGGAUAGACAACGGAAAGAUAUCAAGGAGCUUUGGCAGCGAGAACAGAAAAAAAUGCAAGAGCUAGAAGCUGCUCUAAGAAAAGCAAAGCUGCUAUGUAUACAGCGUCAGGAUGAGUAUGAAAAGGCAAAAUCCAGCACUGCUCGUGCUGAGGAGGAGCAUCUUAGCUCAAGUGGAAGCUUUGUGAAAGAUGUUAGCAAGCAACUAGAAAAAAAACGAAGACUAGAAGAGGAGGCCCUUCAAAAAGCUGAAGAAGCCAAGGAGCACUAUAAAGCAAGCAUGGCAGAAGUUGAAGAGAAAAGAAGUGUUUUGGAAAGCUUUAAAAGUGAUGUCCUAACACAGCUUCGGGAGCUUAUUUACCAGUGCGAUCUCACUCUUAAAGCUGCAGCAGUUAACUUGUUCCAGUUGCAGCAUGCUCAGGUUGUAUCUCUUCCAGUUAACUGCCAGUCCCUCUGUGAGAGUGCCAAACUCUAUGAACCUGGUCAGCAGUAUUCAGAGUUUGUGAAAAGUUUGCCAAAGGAAGGUGUUGCCAUUGAACCAACUUCUUUUGAAACUCAGAAUUCCCAGGUUGAUGGGGUGUUUAAUAAGCAAUCAGUAAACAGCAUCCAUACAUCCCAUGGUAACUUAUCUCAGUGUUCAGGAGAUUUUCCUACCCAUACAUUAGAUGAUGUGGGAAGCCCAAUUUAUCAUCGUUCACAAAAGAUUGGAGAGAAGAGAUCUUCCAGUAGUACAGAUAUCCAAGCAAUCCGAGGGCCACCACCAUUCAGGUCGUGGUCAGUUGGCAACCAGAGUGGAGGAAUGUGCAGUGAUUCUGAAAGUGCAGGGGGAAGCAGUGAGUCACGAUCCAUGGAUUCGCCGUCUGCUAGCCCAGGCGAUUUUAAAAGGCGACUUCCCCGAACACCUUCUACUGGUACUAUGUCAUCUGCAGAUGAUCUUGAUGAAAGAGAACCACCUUCUCCUUCAGACUGUGGUUUGAAUGAUCUGACAUCGGAAAAUGCAAAUUCUCCAGGACCUUUUAGAAAUGCUAAUAUGUCUAAAGCAGCACAAACACACAAACUACGAAAGUUGAGAGCUCCAUCUAAAUGCAGAGAAUGUGACAGCUUAGUAGUAUUUCAUGGAGCUGAAUGUGAGGAGUGUUCACUUGCAUGCCAUAAAAAGUGUUUGGAGACUUUAGCUAUUCAAUGUGGGCACAAAAAACUUCAUGGAAGGCUUCACUUGUUUGGAGUGGAAUUUGCCCAAGCUGCUAAAAACAUUCCUGAUGGCAUUCCUUUCAUCAUCAAAAAGUGUACUUCUGAAAUUGAAAGCAGAGCCCUUAAUGUAAAGGGCAUCUACCGUGUGAAUGGAGCCAAGUCAAGAGUUGAAAAACUCUGUCAGGCUUUUGAAAAUGGAAAGGAUUUGGUCGAACUCUCAGAACUCUAUGCCCAUGACAUCAGCAAUGUUCUCAAGUUGUAUCUCCGCCAGCUUCCAGAACCCUUGAUUUUGUUUCGACUUUACAAUGAAUUCAUUGGACUUGCAAAAGAAAGCCAGAAUAUUAAUGAGGAAUUGGAUGCUAAACAAGCUAGUCCCAGAUCAAAGAAAAGACAGUCAAUCUGUAUUGAGCUGAACAGGAUCAUCAUUAAAAUUAAAGAUCUUCUCAAGCAGCUGCCUGUGCCAAACUAUAACACACUUCAGUACCUUAUAGGACACCUUCACAGGGUUACAGAACAGUCUGAUGAAAAUAAAAUGACAGCCAGGAAUCUUGGCAUAAUAUUUGGCCCAACGCUGAUCAGGCCGCGUCAGACGGAUGCUACGGUUUCUCUGUCAUCGCUUGUGGAUUAUCCGCACCAGGCCCGGGUAGUAGAGCUGCUCAUCACACACUAUGAGAAGAUAUUUGACGUUUCAUUGCAACCGCUUCUGAAUGCGUCUCAGUCAGAAGAAACUGCCCUUACAAUUGGAGUUGCUUUAUCAACAGAAGAGAGGGAGCCACAGCAGCAAAGGAAGUCAUUAGUUGCUGUAAAGGAAAGUAUUCUGCUAGCUCCAACUGAGAGCCGAGUUUCGGAAGCAGUUUCAUUGGUUUUGGAAUCGGACAAUAGCAAGAAUGCAAAAGAGCAAGAAGAUGCAUCUGGAACUGGACUUGUAUCAUUGCCACUCGGUGGGACUAAGCUAGAAGGCUCUGGAAAGAAUAGUUCUCUGGAAGAAUCAUCGGCUGCCGGCGUUUUGGAUAUUCAUACUUUUGCUCCAAAUGAGUCAGGUGAUGCUGUGAGCUCAGCUUCAGAGAGAGACGACGAUUCAUUUGCUUCUGUAGGCGAAGACAGCUGUAAAACAAACUUAUUUCCUGUAAAACCCAACCGGCAAAUUACCAAAGUUCCAUUGCGGAUUCCAAGGACAAAACCAGCUAUUCGCCCUGUGAGCUUACCUGUAGACCGGAUACUUCCUCCGUGUGUUUUGAAUGAAAGAAAUUCACGAAAUGCAGGAGCAGUGAGUCCAGAGAAGCUUGGCAGGAGCCCUACUAUUGAAGAGGUUUCAGAGGUGAAAUCACUCCCUACUGUUAAUACUUGCUGCAGACUUUCUUGUUACGAUCCCCAGACUCUACGAAAGACUUGGGACAAACAAUAUAAACAAUAUGAUAUAACAGCAAGGACAGCAAUGAUUGUGACUAAUGUGCCUCAGGAGAACCGAGCACUUGAGAGUGGAACUGCAGGUGCCUUAUCUUCCUCGUGCAGUGUCAGUAACAAUUCAGUUAAUGCCAUUCUUCCUAGUAAGCCAUACUCUAUUUCUCUCAGAUCAGGAAGAACACCAGAAGGGAAUGGUCCUGAUACCCAUCCUCUUGCUGCCUUCAGGGCACCAAGAACAUUGCAGCCUCCCCCAGGGACAUUUUAUAAACCACCCUCUAACAAGUCAAAACAGGAUGAAGAGGGUUCUUCUGCUAAAGCUUGUUUACUAGCCAGUGCUAGCACUGUGCUUCCCCAGGACAAUGCUGUGAAUCUGGACGGGAGCGCCGCACUUCUGUCGGGUGAUCCCAUAAAAAAUACAAGUGAACAAAAAACUAGCUCAGAGGAUAUUCACCCUGCAGAUCUGAAGCCUACUUACCAGAGACUGCGACCAAAAAGGAUCCAAGAGCUAGAACACAGGGAAGCUCACUUUGUAUAGGGUGCAAAUUCUUCUUGGACUGCUAUGCAAGUAUUGACCUUGCCAGUGGAGGCUUUGCUUUUCCCCUUUAUCCUUUGCCUUCAUUAGAGAAUCCCAUUUUUGUGCCAUAUUGGAGUUAUUUUUAUAUAUGCAGUGUUUUAAAAAUGGGGGGAGGGGGGAUUGUAAAGGAAAUAAGUUUUCAUUUUGUAACUAAGUAGGUUUUCAUAAAGAUUUAUUGCAUUCCCAGUCUAGAUGCAGCUAAUAGGCUCAUUGGAUAAGACACUGAGCUUCAUUCCAUAGUAUGGAAUGAAGUGCUUAUUCAUAGAGAAACAACUGUUGCAUAGCCAUGAAAGGAGCCAUUUUUCUGUAUUAAACCAUGUAAUAAAAAUGGAAAGCUUGAUGUUUGCCGUCUAAGCAUAAACCAAAGCUUGUGCUUUGCUCUGUUAAAGCAUUUGUUCAGUUUUCUAAUCUGUGCAAUUAAAGCUUUGCUCCAGACUUGCAUACUGGCCAACAUGGCCCAUAAUUAUGUAUCAUAUGUGUAUAUUUUAGGCAGAUGUGAUCAUCUAUUGCCAGUUUUCUAUGUUGUCACUUUAAUGCUUUUUUGUACAGCGAGAUGCACUUACUGAGCUUUACUUUUCAGAAGCAGCAAUCAAUCCACUUCUGGUUUCUUAUAUAGCCUAAUAAGUGGGGGCAAACGUGCACAGUCGGCUUGGUUUGGAUGCCCUUCGGGAGAAUAUCACUGCAAUGGUGGCUGUCUCAGCUGCACGAAAGGCAGUGUGUUUGCUUGCUGUAGAUCAGUUUCACCACUUAACCUGGUAUAACUGAAAUGAAGAGCAUGGGUUCCAAGUUUCAGUGAAGAAGCUGAAAAUAACCAAAAAUUUGCAUUAGUAGGUGCAUCUAAUGGUUUUCACUUUGUGUUAAAUGGUUUUUAUGUGUAUACACUGUUAUAUUUGCUUUAAAAUAUAUUAACUUGUUAACA